AAUUUCUAAAUUAUAUUCUAAUCCCCCCCCCCCCUCCCCACAAAAACAAAAGCCAAAGAUCGUCUUCUCUAGGAUUCUGUUUUCUUCAUUUUCAAUUCUUUUUUCCUUCUCUUUUCCUUUGGUUCCUUGUUUUCAUCCGAAAGCAAAUCUCAGAGUUGUCUGGUAAAAGCAGAAAUAAAAGGAAAAAGAGAGAGAGAGAAAGUCAUACCAAUAAAAAUUCAAGUGAUGGGUAUUGCUGUUUCUGGAUUUUUCUUUCCCUCGCUCUUCUUUUACUUUUGGGAAAUCGAAAGAUAUCUGGCUGCGGUCGAACAAUAUGAAGAGUGACGUUAAGAUUAAGAGUGGGAGGAGCACUGGAAAAGGGAAGAAUAUAAGGAAGAUAAUGAAGUGUUUAUGUUCUGGUGAGAAAAAAGCUGGAGAUAAUAUGAUUCCAGCAUCACCUUCGGCUUUCGAGAAUUCAGGAAGUGGACGCUCUUCACGGACUGGUGAGAUCAUCAACAAGCCAGAAAUUGGCAAUAUAGAAGAAGCUGAGUCUUCUCUUCGCGAGAGUGGUUGUUUGAAUUAUGAGGAAGCAAGAGCAUUGCUGGGAAGAUAUGAAUAUCAAAAAGGAAAUAUUGAAGCUGCUCUUCAUGUAUUUGAAGGAAUAGAUAUCACUGCUAUAACUAGUAAGAUAAUGAUCUCCAUAGCUAGGAGAGGAGAUCGUCCACGGAAACGAUCACAAAAUUUUACUGCCCCGCCAAUGUCUAUGCAUGCCGUCAGUUUACUCUUGGAAGCCAUCCUUCUCAAAGCAAAAUCAUUGGAAGGCCUUGGGAGGUUCGGAGAAGCUGCUCAAUCUUGCAAAGUUAUUCUGGACAUACUUGAAUCUUCAUUUCCCCAAGGCUUGCCUGAAAACUUUGGUGCUGAUUGUAAAUUGCAGGAGACAGUUACAAAGGCUGUGGAGCUGCUACCCGAGUUAUGGAAGCUAGCUGAUGCUUCUCAAGAAGCGAUCCUUUCAUACCGGCGAGCACUUCUUCAUCAGUGGAACCUUGAUGUGGGAACCACUGCUCGUAUUCAGAAAGAGUUCGCCAUUUUUCUUCUGCAUAGUGGAAGUGAAGCUUGCCCUCCGAAUCUCCGGUCCCAAAUGGACAGCUCAUUUGUACCGAAAAACAAUAUUGAAGAAGCUAUUCUCUUACUUAUGAUACUACUUAGAAAAGUUGUUCUUAAAAGGAUUGAUUGGGAUCCAUCAAUCUUGGAUCAUCUCUCUUUUGCUUUAAUAAUAUCAGGGGAUACAAGGGCUCUAGCAGGUCAAAUAGAGGAAUUGCCUCCUGGGAUUCUACAUCGACAAGAACUGUAUUAUGCUUUAGCUCUUUGUUAUUAUGGUGCAGGUGAAAACUUGACUGCUUUGAAUCUGUUGAGAAAACUGUUGGGUAGUCAUGAGGAUCCUAAAUCGCUUCCAGCUUUAUUGAUGGCGUCAAAGAUUUGUGGAGAGAACUGUGACCUCGCUGAAGAGGGAACGAGUUUUGCUCAUAGAGCUCUUCAAAACUUGGAUCAUGAAUGUGAUCAAUUGGAAGGUGUUGCCAAUUGUUUGUUGGGUGUCUCACUGUCUGUAUAUUCUAAAUCUGCCACUGCAGAUUCUGAGAAGUUUACUAGACAAUCUGAGGCGAUAGAAGCCUUGGAAGCUGCACGGAAGAAGACUCGAAUGACUGACCCUAAUGUUCUCUAUCAUUUGAGCCUUGAAUAUGCCAACGAGAGGAAGUUAGAUUCAGCACUUCAUUAUGCAAAAAAGUGUCUCAAGCUAGAAGGUGGAUCUAAUAUUAGAACUUGGUUACUACUGGCUAGGAUUCUCUCUGCCCAAAAACGAUAUACAGAUAGCAAAAGCAUUAUAAAUGCAGCUCUGGAUCAGACAGGGAAAUGGGAUCAAGCCGAGUUGCUUCAAACAAAAGCAAAGAUUUUAAUUGCACAGGAUGAGUUUAAAGGUGCUAUUGAGACUUAUAGUCAAUUACUCGCUUUUUUUCAAGUUCAGAGUAAAAGUUUCAAUUUGGGAGAUAAGAAGCUACUAAAGAGCAGCAGAAAUUAUGCUGGAAGAUUACAACUGGAAGUGUGGCAUGAUCUAGCUCUCGUCUACAUAAGGCUCUCACAGUGGCACGACGCCGAGGCAUGCCUAUCAAAGUCAAAGGCCAUCUCUUCUUAUUCGGCGUCUAGAUGUCAUAUCACAGGUAUGCUUUAUGAAGCAAAAGGGUUGUAUAAAGAAGCUCUCAAAGGUUUUAUGGCUGCUCUGGAGAUUGAUCCGAUUCAUGUCCCUAGCUUGGUGUCGUCGGCGGUGGUAAUCAGACAUCUGGGCCACCAAUCGCAUCCCGUCAUUCGCAGUUUUUUGAUGGAUGCUCUACGGCUGGACCAGACGAACCACAGUGCGUGGUACAAUCUUGGCCUUUUCUACAAAUCUGAAGGAACCAAAUCUUCAUUAGGAGAAGCUGUCGAAUGCUUUGAGGCUGCAACUUUCCUUGAAGAGUCUGCGCCUGUUGAGCCCUUUAGAUAAAAACAGCUUUGGUCAAGUAUUUUUAAUUUUUUUUUAAACAAAUUAUUUUCCUUGUAUCUUAUGCAUCAAAAUCUAUUCUAUACCUCCCCUCAUAAUAUUGUACAACAACAGAAAAAUCAAUAAAUGGAAAAGCUUCUCUCUCUCA